CACUAGGCGGACUCUGAACUGCAGACCUCGCGCAUAAAACGGAACAGACGGAAACACGCAGCUAUUCUUUCUUUUCUGCAGAAGAGUAAGAGAGAGCGGAAAGAUGGCAUAUCACCAGCAGCAACAGCCCUUCUACAAUCCCAGAGUUCCUUUCAGUGGCUCUAUCCAAGGAGGUUUGCAGGAGGGCAAGAGUAUUAUCAUAAGUGGACGGGUUUUGCCAGGAGCCAACAGGUUCCAUGUGAAUCUCCAGUGUGGUUCCAGACAUGCAGCCGAUAUUGCCUUGCAUUUUAACCCACGCUAUGACAGUGGCGCUGGGUACAUAGUGACGAACACCUACCAGCAGUCUCGCUGGGGCACAGAGGAACGUAAAUAUCAGGCUCUGUUCCCCACCGGUAGUCCUUUUACCCUGCAGAUACUGGUCAGCCAGGCCUCAUACAAGAUAAGUGUCAAUGGUAGCCAUAUCAUGGAGUAUAAUCAUCGUAUCCCAUUCCACAUGGUGGACACAAUCGUGGUGGAUGGAAUGGUGGAGGUUAAUUCCAUCGCUUUCCAAAGCCCUGCGCCCUACUUCCCUCAGCCAUCUUAUCCAGGUGUCAUGUCUGCCGGGCCAGCAUUCCAGGCACAGUAUGCUUAUCCUGUGGGAAGUGCUGUACCUGGAUUUUCCCCUGCACCUGUCUAUAGUGUUCCUUACAAAAGUAUCAUCAGUGGUGGAUUACGGCAUGGCAAAAACAUUUCCAUCCAAGGAGUGGUGAACUCUCAGGCUCACAGGUUCUCUUUUAACCUGCGUCACAGAUCUGGCAUUGCCUUACACUAUAACCCUCGCUUUGAUGAGAAUCUGGUAGUGCGUAACACCCUAAUGGGUGAUGCGUGGGGCCCAGAGGAGCGCCACGGAGGCAUGCCGUUUAGCAAGGGACAGCCCUUUCAGGUGGUCAUCUCUUGCAAUCCCCACCAUUACAAUGUGUUUGUCAAUGGCAGGCAAGUGCAUACAUACAACCACCGCUUCAGCAAAUUGGACGAGAUUGAUAUUCUGGAAAUUUCUGGUGACCUGAGCUUGACCUCUGUAGUGGCUUAGUUCAUUUUUUUGCGUAGAACUUCCUCUACAAGCUUUUCAGGUCCCAGUUCAUCGCAUUUUACAUGUAAGCCAUGCAUUUAGUAUUGCCUCAUUGUUAAGAGUUUCAAUGUAGCUUAGAUGGCUGAAUAAGCAAUGUUAUCUGACAUUUGUAUCUGAGGCUUUUGAUUUGAUUUUAUUCCUUUUCUCAUGCUUGCAUUUAAUCUUCCUUAUAUUCAAAUGUAAUCCCUAAAAUGAUAUUUUUUGUAUUCUAAUAUUCUAAUCUUAAAAUAUAUUGCAAUGCUACCAAAUAAGGUGGAUUUUAUAUUACAUUUAUCAAUGUUCUGUAUUGAAGUUAUGUAAUCCUAUACAUUUUAGUCCUCCACUGCCAGUAGAGCAGCUGUAUUUGGUUGCAAUGUGUCUUAGGCCUCUGUUUAUUAUAGUAUUUACCAUGGCCCUUGUUGAUUUGCUUUUGGGUAAAUCCUCCAUGACAUUAUUUUAUCAGCUUACAUUUCAUGACCCCUUGAAGGACAGAAUGACUCAGUCAACACUGUGAAAAUCUCAGAUGUAGAAUUUGAGCCACUAAUAUACUUUGUUUUGCUACAUUCAAAUUGGAUUUUAUGUAGCAAACUAUUUUUUGCAUAACAUAUUUAUAUGACAGCCUUACUCUGCCAACUUUUCAAGCUUUAUCUAAAUAUGCUUAACAUUAUUUUGAAGGAACUUAAGCAAAUUGCUUCGACAGUGUACAUCAUACUUUUCUUACUGAAAAAUCUGCUCCCUGCUAGCCUUUAGCCUCCGUGCUUGCCCAGGAGAAGCUGAUGAGACAAUUUCAAUAACUGUAAUGAAAUGGUGCCUAUAAUUGUUCUGCUCUUCUGCUAUAUCUACAUUUGCCUGAAGGGGGGAGUAUAUAUCUGCUCAAAAAGGGAACAAUGGAAACAUCUCCUGUCUUGUUGGUCCACUUUGUUCCACUGCUGUGAAAAGAUUAUGUAAAUAGGGGAGUGCUCUUAACUGCAUAACCUAAUAAAUUUCACAGCAGUUACUGAAUAGUACAUUUUAAGAUUAAUAACUGAAUAAAAUGCCUAGAGCGAUUGGGAUUAGGUACUGUAAACUCAACAUCUGUAUGUCCCUUUGUUAUUACAUUAUAUUAUGAUAAUAUUUUUUAUUCUACAUUUGUAAUGCUUUAGUCUUCAAGGGUCCAUCUGUGGGCCCACACUUCAGUUCAUUCUCAUAACUAGAUAACCUACUUUCACAGUAGUUACAGAAGAAAUCAAAAGAGUCAUUGGUGGUAUAAUAAAAAACCUUAAGAUUAAUAACUGAAUAAUAAACCUUGGAUGCAAGGGGUUAGGCACAGUCAACAUAUGUGUAUGUUCUGUUAUAUACCAUUAUAUGCAUUUUUUUAAUUAUUCAUUUGUAAUGUGGCACUACAGAAAAAGAUUUCAUGUAGAACGGAUUCAUACAUUUAGAAAGGAUUUGAGACACUUAGGGGGCACCAGCCUCAAACAAAAAGGUAAACAAGAGGCCAUACCUGUACAAAUUAAUCACGAUUUGUCGGAUUCUGUAAUUUUGUUUCCUGCUAAGGUCUCACAGCUUUCUAAAACACAUAACCCUGGUGUUUUAGAAUUUCCUACUUGUGUGUUUUAAACAAAAUUAUGACGUUGCUACAGUGAUCAGUGAUGUUCAUGUUCGCUACUGUGAAAUGGUGCAUAUGCCUACAAUACUGCAUGCUUCUCCUGCCUAUUCAUCUGCUAUUGCUAUUUGACAAUUUACUGCAAUCACUGCAAUUUCAAGUUAAAGGAUCAAAAAGUGUUUUUUUUUUUCUAUUAAAAAAAAGAUGAACUGUUGUGAUACAACUCA